ACGGUUCAUUUCCUUUCCGGGUUGGAGCGGGAGCCUCGGCGGUAGGAGAGUGUAGUUUGAGCGAAGCUGGGUAGUCUGCUGGAUCAUCACUUUUCUGGUUUUGAGGAGAGUUUGGUCAGACUUUUCCGCCUAUUGAACUACUCUGGUGACUUGAUUCUAGCGGGUCAAAGGGUGCGACGUGUUCGGUGAUGUAUUAAAACUACUGCACAGACUCGCCCUAGACAACAGGAUCGCCUUGUUUUCGUGACAUAGCUUCCAGAGUAGGAAAUGCUCGCUUGAGAAAUUCCUAACCGAAAAGGCGCUCAGUUUUGGUAAUGAUUGAUCCCAGCCACAGCAAUGGCAACGAAGGGUAAGGUCUUGUAUGAUUUCACUGCUGAGCCGGGCAAUAACGAACUAUCAGUGAGGGAAGGAGAGACAGUCACCGUCACCAACCAGGGCAUUGGAGGAGGAUGGAUUGAAGCUCAAAAUUCAAGAGGAGAGAUAGGCCUGGUGCCAGAGGACUACAUUGAGGUUGGAGGAGGAGGAGGAGGAGGUGUAGUAUCAGGAGGAGGAGGAGGGGGGAGUGCUGCUACUCCAUUAGACCUCUCCUUCUUCGACUCCACCCCAGCAGCCGGAACUAACAGCCAGGUGAUUGUAGCUCAGCCAGAGACGCCUGACACACCCCUGUCUCCUGACACCGCUGACGAGGCGAGCAAUGGUAACGAUCCGUGGGCGGCGUUCUCGGCGGAUGGAGGGGGAGGGGGGUUCUCCAGCAACAACUGGGCUGCCCAGCCACAGGGCACCGAGACGGGCAGGACCUCUACACACGACCCCUGGGCCUCCAGCAACACCCAGCAGCAACACCCACAGGCAUACCAGGGACCAGAUAUCUACCCGUACCCCUACCUCACAGACACAGGAGCUGAGGAUGACGAGUGGGAUGACGAAUGGGACGACAAGUCGACAGGCGGCUACGGCGAAUCAGAAGCCGGGGAGGGCGGGGGUCUGAACAGAGGCGGGGCCACCGGAACCUCCAUGAAACUCAAGUUCCCCUUCUCCAGGUCUGGUCCAGAACUCUAUCUGCUCACCAAGUCGGCCCCCAAAGGGAAGGAGAGACUGCUGGUCUAUAUGGGGGAUGUGGGUCCUAUCUGGUCGUAUCCUGAGGCCGCUCUGGACUGCGUGGUAGCCGACCCCAAAAAGGGAACCAAGAUGUACGGUCUCAAAAGCUACAUAGAGUACCAGGUCACACCCAAUACCACCAACAGGCCUGUCAAUCACAGAUAUAAGCAUUUUGAUUGGCUGUACGAGAGGCUCUUAGAGAAGUUUGGCUCCGCUGUGCCCAUCCCCUCUCUACCAGACAAGCAAGUCACAGGGCGUUUUGAAGAGGAGUUUAUUAAGAUGCGCAUGGAACGGCUUCAGGGUUGGAUGACCAGGAUGUGCCGUCACCCCGUGGUCGCCACCAGCGACGUCUUCCAGCUCUUCAUAUCAUACAAGGACGAGAAGGACUGGAAGCUGGGGAAGAGGAAAGCUGAGAAGGAUGAGGCAGUGGGAGCCAUGAUCUUCACCACCAUAGAGCCUGAGGGACUACCGGACCUCGACCUAAUAGAAGUGGAACAUAAGUGUGAGCAGUUCAGCAGGUUCACCAAAGCGAUGGACGAUGGGGUGAAGGAUCUACUGACAGUCGGACAGGAGCAUUGGAAGAGGUGUACAGGACCUCUACCUAAGGAGUACCAGCGUAUAGGGAAAGGUUUCCAGAACCUCUCGUCUGUCUUCAACAGCAGUGGAUAUGAAGGGGAGGCUACUCUCACAGACGCGCUAUCAGAAGCAGGGAAGACGUAUGAAGAGAUCGCACUGAUGGUUGCAGAGCAGCCCAGGAAAGAUCUGCACUUCCUGAUGGAGACGAAUAACGAGUACAAAGGCCUGCUGGGAUGCUUCCCUGACACAAUAGGAGUGCACAAGGCUGCCAUUGACAAGGUGAAGGAGGGGGAUAAGCUGGUAGCGGCCGGUAAAAUCACAGCACCAGAUAAAGUCACCAUGGCCAAGCGAGCCAGCACCAUGUCCUAUUCAUUACAGGCUGAGAUGAACCAUUUCCAUAGUAACCGUAUCUAUGACUACAACCGUGUGAUGAGGCUGUAUCUGGAGGAGCAGGCCAAGUUUUACGAAACGAUUGCCCAGAAGUUGAGGACGGCCCACAGCCACUUCACAGCCAUGUGACCUCACAGUGACAUCAGAGUUUAAACCGACGCCCACAUCACUCAGCACAAACCCCACCCUCUUCCUGAGGGCCCCUCCCCCCUCCUGUUUUUACUCUCACCCUCUCAAUCUUUCACACUCUGUAUCUCUAUGAGAUACCAAAUCAGGUUUUCAUAUGUACGUAUAUGGACACACACACACGCAUAUAAUCCAAAGCAGUCAAGACCCCUCAGCCGUUCGUGUGCGUGUGCGUGUGCGUGUGCGUGUGCGUGUGUGUGUGUGUGUGUGUGUGUGUGUGUUGGAUGGGCCAUAGUAGACUCAUGAAGGA